AUGACUGUAGAGGAUUUUCCCCAUCCGGGGCCCGCGCUGCUGCGCUGCGCCGUCAGGCUGGACGUCGCUGCUGCCGCUGCCGCAGCGGCAGCGAUACGGCGUAAGCAACACGUCCAACUUGCAGACGACAGCAUUCGUUUGUGGUUGAAAAUCGGGGCGUGUGGCGACUUGGUUAGAUUAGCUCCUGUGGGGAAAGGCGAGCGCGUGGCACGUUCCAGAGGAACGCCAGGUAUGACGAUGCGUCGUUUUAGCACCCUGCACCUUGCGCUGCUCGCGCACUUCGUUCUCUCACCUCCUUGGCUGAUUCCAUGCAAAAGCUAUUAUCCAGCUGCGUUUGACGUCGUCACCAUAGCCCUCAAGCCAACAUGUGUCAACCGUCAAAUGAUUACGUCCGUGAACACUUUUAUGCUGCCCAAGCCGAGGAGCAUCCAUGUCGUAGCUGCACGCGGCUGCGGUGUAUUCCGAACCUUUGCUGAAAACGUCGUCUGUUAUCUUGUAUCUGAGGCCGUAUCUGAAUGGCUUGGUGGUCGGUUCCAGGUCCGGUCGGAAACGGACGCGAAGCACAUAAAGCGGAGGAGCACUUGGUACUUCCAGCAGUUUUUGAAGCUUGCGGUCGCGACCCACAUCCCGGGGCUUGCCGACUACUUCCUCAUUUUCGACAGUGAGUAG